AUGUACUGCAGGUACACAGCCUUCACACUACCAUGUACUGCAGGUACACAGCCUUCACACUACCAUGUACUGCAGGUACACAGCCUUCACACUACCAUGUACUGCAGGUACACAGCCUUCACACUACUAUGUACUGCAGGUACACAGCCUUCACACUACCAUGUACUGCAGGUACACAGCCUUCACACUACCAUGUACUGCAGGUACACAGCCUUCACACUACCAUGUACUGCAGGUACAUGGUCUCCAAACUACCACAUUGUGCAGGUACAUAGCAUCCACACUACCAUGUACUGCAGGAAUGUAGCCUUCACACUACCAUGUACUGCAGGUACACAGCCUUCACACUACCAUGUACUGCAGGUACACAGCCUUCACACUACCAUGUACUGCAGGUACACAGCCUUCACACUACCAUGUACUGCAGGUACAUGGUCUCCAAACUACCACAUUGUGCAGGUACAUAGCAUUCACACUACCAUGUACUGCAGGAAUGUAGCCUUCACACUACCAAAUACUGCAGGUACACAGCCUCUACACUACCAAAUACUACAGGUACAUAGCCUCUACACUACCAAAUACUGCAGGUACACAGCCUCCACACUACUACGUACUGCAGGUACAAAGCCUCCACACUACCACGUACUGCAGGUACACAGCCUCCACACUACCACGUACUGCAGGACAGGUACACAGCCUCCACACUACCACACACUGCAGGUACACAGCCUUCACAGUACCACAUACUGCAGGUACACCGUCUCCACACAACCACAUACUGCAGGUACACAGCCUCCUCACUACCACAUACUGCAGGUACACCGUCUCCACACUACCACAUACUGCAGGUACACAGCCUCCACACUACCACAUACUGCAGGUACACUGUCUCUACACUACCACAUACUGCAGGUACACCGUCUCCACACUACCACAUACUGCAGGUACAUCCAUCUCCACACAACCACAUACUGCAGGUACACUGUCUCCACACUACCACAUACUGAGGGUACAGAGCCUUCACACUACCACGUACUGCAGGUACACCCAUCUCCACACUACCACAUACUGCAGGUACACAGCCUUCACACUACCACAUACUGAGGGUACACAGCCUUCACACUACCACAUACUGCAGGUACACCCAUCUCCACACAACCACAUACUGCAGGUACACUGUCUCCACACUACCACAUACUGAGGGUACAGAGCCUUCACACUACCACAUACUGCAGGUACACCCAUCUCCACACUACCACAUACUGCAGGUACACAGCCUUCACACUACCACAUACUGCAGGUACACAGCCUUCACACUACCACAUACUGCAGGUACACCGUCUCCACACUACCAAAUACUGCAGGUACACCCAUCUCCACACUACCACACACUGCAGGUACACAGCCUCCACACUACCAUGCUUUGCCCACUCUCCCUAUAUACACAGACGUGGCUUGCACUGUGGGACUAUGGCUUUGUUUAA